AUGCUCUCGUCUUUUUACUUUCUGCUGCUCAAUGCCCUGAUAGCAUUCGUCUCUGCAGGUGCCGACUACAACGAGCGACUCCUCCUUCGACCCCUUCCCCAGAACACCCUGCUGGCCUCUUUCAAUUUCCGGAGCAAUGAGAGCGCGACCGCAUUCGAACAGCAGAACUUCGGCUACUUCCCACGUUCCUUUGGACAGAUCCUGCAACAUGCGCACACGAGGGAACUACAUUUGAGGUUCAGUGUUGGACGAUGGGAUGCCGAGAACUGGGGGCAACGGCCAUGGAAUGGCGCAAGAGAAGGAGGGACUGGUGUUGAACUAUGGGCCUGGGUAGAGGCUGAUACCGAAAAAGAAGCAUUCGCACGAUGGCUGAAGCUCACCAACGCUCUGUCAGGUCUCUUUUGCGCCUCUAUAAACUUCAUCGAUGCUACCAAGACUAUACGGCCUGUCAUGUCAUUCGACCCCGAAGGUCAGCACGGUAACUCGUCCAACCUCCACCUACUCCACGGUACACUACCCCACGAAGUCGUCUGCACGGAGAACCUUACACCCUUCCUGAAACUACUACCUUGCAAGGGGAAGGCAGGCGUAUCCAGCCUGUUGGACGGACACAAGCUAUUCGAUGCCUCAUUCCAGACCAUGGCGAUCGACGUCCGUCCAACGUGUGAAGAAGGUAGCUCCAGCUGUUCGAUAGAGAUGGAGCAAAGCGUAGACAUGGUAUUAGACAUUGCGAGAGCGAAGCGUCCCAGAGACAACCCAAUUCCACGCCCUCUACCGAUCAACCAGAUGGAAUGCGACACGUCUAAGCCGUACAACGGACACGAUACUUGUUACCCCUUAAACAAGGGUACCGAGCCCGCCUGGACACUAGAGGAUGUCUUCGGAAGACCGCUCAGGGGAGCCUGCCCGCUGGCAGAUCAGGCUGAAGGGGAGGCAAACAAUGUCUGUAUCAACACGCCGCCAGAGCGCACACUCGAGGUUAAGACGACAGGUGAAUUUACAGAGUCAAGACUAGCAUCGGACACGCUCCGCUGCUACAAGCUUCCCAUUGGCGCAGACUUCGACCUUGUCCUACCUGAACAAAAGAUGACCACUGGUCUCGUCCGCCCCGACCCUCUAGUCUUCGCAGCAAGGUCUAUCAACGGCCACGGCCAGGAAAGGGGUAGCACACAGUCAACUAUCAAGAACCCGUCCACCACCAACGCCGUCGAGAUAGUAUACCUAGAAUCUCUACCAUGGUUCAUGAAACCCUACCUGCACACCCUUCAAGCCCACAUCGACACAACAGACGAAAGCCCCAUCAAAGAGACCUACUAUCGACCAGCAGUCGACCGCAAGCGUGGCACCCACCUCGAACUCCGCAUGAUCAUCCCGCCAAGCUCGACCCUUACCCUAACAUACGAUUUCGAGAAGGCAAUCCUGCGUUACACUGAAUACCCACCAGAUGCGAAUCGAGGCUUCGACGUCGCACCUGCCGUUAUCCGUAUCUUGUCCCCACAAUCAGGAGAUAACAAGGGCAUCUACGUCCGCACUACUUCGCUGCUUCUCCCUCUUCCAACUCCAGAUUUCAGUAUGCCGUAUAAUGUUAUCAUUCUGACGAGUACUGUUAUGGCGCUGGGCUUUGGUAAUAUCUUUAAUCUGCUUGUGAGACGCUUUGUAGGUGUGGAUGAAAUGCCUACUAUGGGCGCUGGGGGAUUGAAGGGUAUCAUCUUGGGCAAGGUGGCUAGGCUCAAAGGUCUACUGGGGAGAGGCUGA